UUAUGUUUUUAUCAGUCGGUCGGAAAGUUAGCAAACAACUCUGCACAGAACACUCGAAAGGUUGCUCUUGUAUUUACAGUUUUUGAAGUGAACGAAAGUAGAUUGAGGACAGCCUGCUGAAAAACUUGACUAUUUGACUCAACGACUGAAAUAUUUUGCAUGAAUCACCCAAAAUAUAAAGCUUGGUGGAACGGGUGCAGCAGUUUGUGUCUCAGCCCUAUCUGCACUAAUUUGUGUUGACAAUGAACACGGUCGACUACGACGAAGAUACGAAAUUUCUGGGAGAAUGGGGACCUUUUCAAAAACGGAUUAUGUUACUCCUCUGUAUAAGCGUAAUUCCUAACGGGUUGUCUACUUUUAGCAUUGUGUUCCUUGCUGACACGCCUUCCCACCACUGCGCGAUACCACCUAAUGCCAAUAUUAGCGCCGAAUGGAGGAACUAUUCUAUUCCACUGGAAGAAAACAAAGGAGUGAUGCGAUACGGCAAAUGCACCCGUUACAAAUUGGACGUAAUACAACGUCUUUCAGACAAUGGAUCCGUGCCGGGAAUCGACGUGAAUGUCAGUGAAAUAGAACAGGAAAGCUGUAAGAAUGGGUGGGAAUACGACAGAUCAAUUUACAUUUCAACCAUCGUAUCCGAGUGGGAUCUGGUGUGUAAUGAUGCAUGGAAGGUCCCCAUGACCUCUUCUGUGUAUUUCCUUGGAUUGAUGGUUGGAUCGAUCAUUUCUGGACAACUGUCUGACAGGUUUGGGAGGAAAAUCCAACUGUUUACAACAAUAGGAGUUCAGACUUUGUUCAUGUUCUUCCAGAUUUUCUCCACAUCCUGGUUCAUGUUCUCUGCAUUUCAUUUUUUCAUUGGGAUGGGUGCAAUUUCUAACUACAUGGCAGCAUUUGUCCUAGGAACAGAAAUUUUGUCCACAAGAAUUCGGAUCAUAUUCUCCACUGUGGGAGUGUGCAUUUUCUUUGCCAUUGGCUACAUGUUACUUCCCCUGAUGGCCUUCUUCAUCAGAGACUGGAGGAUGCUGCUGAUCGCCAUCAAUGUCUCAGGAGUUUUUCAUUUCUUCCUUUGGUGGUUCAUCCCGGAGUCCCCCCGAUGGCUUCUCUCUCAGGGCCGGGUGGAGGAGGCAGAGGCCAUUUUGAGAGGUGCUGCCAAGGAGAACGGAGUCACAGCCCCAGAGGUCAUCUUUCAGCCACUCCAGGUAGAAGGGGAAAAAUUGAGCCACCACAACAUCUGUGAUUUCGUGAAGUUCGUCAACAUCCGCUGGAUCACGGUCAUGCUGAGCUUUGUGUGGUGGGUCGUUGCCAUUGGGUACUUUGCCUUAUCUUUGAACACCUCCAGUCUGCUUGGGGACCACUUUUUGAACUGUUUCUUCUCAGCGGUUGUUGAAGUCCCAGCCUACAUUUUGGCCUGGCCCCUAUUUCGCUCUUUCCCAAGGCGAUUGUCUGUCGUUCCCAUGCUGGUUUUCUCUGGGGCAGUACUACUGUCUACUCAACUCAUACCAACAAUGUCAUGUGUGAACAGCAGCAGGAUUCGAAUUUUCUGUGUAAGACGUUCCUCCAAUUUGCCUGGUCUGGACCGAGUAAGAUUUAGGAAAUUCGUCUGCCAUGCCUCUAGUGUGAACCAUAGAGUUCAGUGGUGUGAACAAAGCAAUUCCUGGAUGAAGCACAAAAAAGAUUUGAGUUCAGUAUCGAUUGCACUGGAGAUGAUGGGAAAAUUUGGGGUCACAGUGGCUUUCAGUAUCCUGUACCCCUACACGGCGGAGCUGUACCCCACAGUCCUGAGGAACACCGCAAUUGGCAUCUGCUCCAUGGCUUCUCAGCUGGGUGCCAUUGCUGCACCCUACUUCCUCUAUCUGGGUACCUAUUACAAGUCCUUGCCAUACAUAAUAAUGGGGACCCUCAGUGUUUUGGGGGGGUUGCUUGGCUUCCUGCUUCCUGAGACCUAUGGUUUGCCCCUCCCAGAGACCAUCGAUCACAUGCAGACUAUUCAAAGGUGUAAAUCACGACAAACAUCAAAUCAUUUAUCCAGUGAUUCCGCAGCAAUCAACAAUGUCUCAAUGUUGUAAUGACUGAAUUACGCCACGAUAUUAGAUAUUGGCUUAUAUAAAGAUGGCGAUAUUACUUCUCAAACAUGUACUGUGUGCACCUUUGUUAUUAGUAAUAAUUUUACACUGUCCUAGAAGGCAAUUAUAAUAUUUUUAUAACUAUUACACUAAAAUCCUGAACCUAUUCACCAGAUGUGUCAGGCAGUCCCAUUUCCUGCAUUUGGUCGAUGGUCCACUAGUUUUUUCUCAACUGCCUGCUUUUUGGUGGUUGGUUUAGGACUGGUUUUUGCCCAAUUUCCGUUUCCUCUCUCUGACAAGGACAGUGAGACCUUAAAUGCCCCACUUUCCUUAAAUGAAUCAGAGAAAGCCCUUCAGGGCAUUGUCUGGAUGGGACAGCAUACCUUUAGCUUUAUCUUAAAUUCUGGGCUAAAACAGGCCCUUUCUUGAUGUGUUUAACACAGAUCAUUUCAUUUCAUCAUGACUCAAAUUUGAGCAUAGUAUCUGUAUUUUUAAAGAAAAAUAAGGAUUGCACAUCUUGUGGAAACUACAGACCAAUUUCUUUAAUGAAUUCCAAUGCCAAGCUAUAGUUCUAGCUAAUUGCAUUAAUGAAUAUAUGACUAAAUUUAUACAUCAUGACCAAACAGGUUUCAUUAAAUCCAGACUUAAAUCUGACAAUAUCUGAAGACUUGUGCACGUGGCUCAUUCUGCCAGAGAUGCCCACACCCUACGCAAGGUGCUUUCACUUGAUGCCAAGAAGGCUUUUGAUCUGCUGGAGAAGGGGUGUCUCUGGGCGGUUUUCAAACUGAUUCCAUUCAUAUGAUCAAAGUUCUGUAUACCAAACUUCUGCAAUGGUUCUUACCAAUAAUAUUUGCCCUCCACGGUUCCCCAUUUCCAGAGGCACUUGUCAGGGCUGCCCAGUCUCCCCUCUUGCGUUUGCUCUGUCCCUGGAGCCUCAGUUCGUCAAUCAAGCAUAAUAACACCCAGCAUAAAAUAUCCUUGUAUGCUGAUGAAGUCCUGUUAUUUGUUGAUGUUACUGCUUCGCUACCACAUAUUCUGUCCACUUUAACAAAUUUAGUGCUGUGUAAGGAUCCAAGAUAAACUGGACACAAUUUGCACUGACGCCCCUUAGGUCUUACGGAAUAUGUAAGUAAGUCAGUAAAUUUUAUUUAUAUAGCACCUUUCACAGACACACACUGUCACAAAGUGCUUCACAGGAUCAAAAAUAAAAAUAAGUAAUAACAAUAAUAAUACAUAAAAGAACAGUCAAUGUGCCCUCUCAUAUACCAAUAGUUAGAAAUAUCUUGAUGUUCAUAUCCAUCCCUCACUUCAUUUGAUUGCCUUAAAAAAAAUUUCAAAACAUUUUUAAAUAAAUAGGCUGAAUAAUAGGCAAAAAAUGGUCUCAAGAA